GGGCGAGAGGGAGAGAGGAGGGGGAGGGAGAGAGGAGGGAGAUGUUGAAAUACCUGUCGAGGGUGCGGGUGGAGUACAACGCGCUGGACCCGCGGAAGGCGGCGUGCGUGGAGCUGCUGGCGCAGUGCAUAUCGCGGAGGGCGAAGGAGUCGAACCCGGCGUGCCAGGUGGAGCUGCAGCGCCUGGCGGAGGCGGGGGCGGCGCCGCGCGUGGUGGUGACCUACGUCAACGGCGUCGAGGAGGCCAUCGACGCCGCCGCCACACCCGCGCAGGCCAUCCGACAACAAAUCCUCGACCGCGGCCGCCUCCUCGAGACCGAGCAGAUGUUCCGCGAGGCCGGCGAGCCCUGGCCCGUCCUCAUCCCCCACCACGAGCUCCACCAGCCCUUCCCCGGCAUCAAGCCGAAAAAAGCUGAAGAGAAGAUCCAGUGACUGGAAUUGCCGUCUCGGUAUAAUUUGAUGCAUCAUCUAUGCAGUAGAACUUUGUAUUCCUUUCUGUUAAGAACCCUUUCCAUAGUUGUGGCAAUAGUAAUGCUUUUCCUGUUGGGGUAGAAGCAUAAUUAGAGUGAAGAGCCCAUAUUAUCAGGAGUUCUUAAUUAUGCUGGAAACUUUAUCAUGUAAAACUGAAAUUCUUUUGCACAAAAUUGUACUUAAAGACUUAAGAGAAAGCUUUGCUCUCUCUUCUUCUUUUUUUU